UGUUCAUAUACUUAGACUUUGCAAUCUCUUGCACGUUUGGUCGGCUUGGUUGAAAAAGAAUUUAUUGCUAAUUUUUUUCGCAUAUUAUGGCUGGUAAGAGGCAAGCUACCUCAGACUUAAAUCAUGACAACUGGGAUCGUGAGGAAGAGCCUGAAGAACGUGGAACAUUCAAAACCGCUGAUGAACAAGAACUUAAAAAUCGUGUUAUCAAAAAGGCCGCUAGGCGAAGAGUAGCCGGUACCGAUUCUGCGGAUUCUGGUACAAAGAGUGUUUUUAGUGGUUUUUCAGGCUUUGGCAAACCUUCGGCAACAGCAGCUACAAGCACAGCGGGAGCAUCACCCUUUUCAUUUCUAUCAAAGAUAUCAUCGGCCACCCCAGCGCCAACCAGUAUUGCAACAAGUGAAACUCCUAAGCCAGCUGCCACCACGUUCUCUUUUGGAUCAUCAGCGACAACAACAAAAACAGAAAGUGCCAAAGAAGUUAAAAGUGACACAAAGUCUUCGGAAACAUCGGAUGAAUAUUAUGCCAAAUUGAAAGGUCUCAACCAGGCGGUUAGUGAAUGGAUAAAAACUCAUGUUGAUAAGAACCCCUUGUGUAUAUUGACACCUAUUUUUAAAGACUAUGAAAAGUAUUUGGCUGAACUUGAUGAAGAGAAGAAAAAGACUGGAGAUAAAAGCACAAGUUUGGCAACCGUCAGUGAUGAAAAGAAGCAAACGACUACCGCAACGUCUUCGGCAGGGAUUGGAACUUUCAAGUUUUCUGAAACUUCUACAGUUAAAAGUUCUACAACAUCAACGCCAUUUUCAUUUUCAUCUGGUGCCACAACAACAUCUACUGGAGCCACAACGUCCACCACUAAAACAAAUGGUUUUAGUUUUGGUUUAAAGAAACCUGAGGAUACAACGGACGCUAAGACCACGCCAGCAGCAACUACUGGUUUUUCGUUUGGUCUUAAACCGAGCACAGCAUCCUCAACAUCUAGCACUACCUCCUCUACUACAUCUACCACGUCAGCUGCCCCCACUUUUAGCUUUGGUAAACCAGCUUCAGCGUCUGAUGGUGAUGGAGCGCCCAAACCAUUUUCAUUUACGCCUGGAGGUACUCCAUUUAGUUUUGGCAACAUAAAACCUCCCGAGGCACCCGCACCAUCAACAACUGAAAACGACGAAGAAGACGAAGAACCACCCAAAAACGAAUUCAAACAAGUAGUUGAAGAUGAUGCAGUUUAUUCAAAGAAAUGUAAGGUUUUCGUUAAGAAAGACGGCAAUUUCGCUGACAAAGGUGUUGGCACGCUCUAUCUGAAGCCAAUUGAAUCGAGCGAGAAAACACAGCUUAUUGUGCGAGCCGACACAAAUUUGGGCAAUAUUUUGGUCAAUUUAAUUCUUAGUUCUGCCAUUCCGGCCCAACGUAUGGGCAAGAAUAACGUCAUGAUGGUUUGUAUACCGACACCAGAUGUUGAGAAGCCUACACCAAUGCUGUUGCGUGUUAAGACUGGAGAAGAAGCCGAUGAGCUAUUGGCAACUAUUGAAAAAUAUAAAAAAUAACUUUUCAAAUAAGGACCGCAAAGAAUAGAAUACAAAUAAUUUGUGUUUAUGUUUUUGUUUAAAAACUCAAAACGCAUACGUACACAAUUUUUUGAUGUUAAUUUAUUUUUUAGUUAUCGUCGAAAAUAAAAUAAAAGAAAUAAAAUAAAAUAGGAUAAAAAAUA